UGUGAGAACGCCGUACUGGAGAUUGACUUCUCAGAGCUGGCGCUGGAGGAAAUCAUUGGCAUAGGAGGCUUUGGAAAAGUCUAUCGAGCUGUUUGGGAAGGAGACGAAGUUGCUGUCAAGGCAGCUCGUUAUGACCCUGACGAGGCCAUCAGCCAGACCAUUGAAAAUGUUCGCCAAGAGGCCAAGCUCUUUGCUAUGUUAAAGCAUCCCAACAUCAUUGCCCUCAGGGGAGUGUGUCUGAAAGAACCUACCCUCUGCCUGAUCAUGGAGUUUGCCCGUGGAGGGUCACUAAAUAGAGUGCUGUCAGGUAAAAGGAUUCCUCCAGACAUUCUAGUGAACUGGGCUGUCCAGAUUGCCAGGGGAAUGAAUUACCUGCAUGACGAAGCGAUUGUUCCUAUUAUUCACCGUGAUCUCAAAUCCAGCAACAUAUUGUUACUUGAAAAGGUGGAAAAUGGAGACCUGAGCAACAAGAUAUUGAAGAUCACGGAUUUCGGCUUGGCCAGAGAAUGGCAUAAAACCACCAAAAUGAGUGCAGCUGGAACAUAUGCCUGGAUGGCUCCUGAGGUCAUCCGCUCCUCCAUGUUCUCCAAAGGCAGCGAUGUGUGGAGUUAUGGUGUAUUGCUUUGGGAACUAUUAACUGGGGAGGUACCAUUCCGAGGAAUUGAUGGUUUAGCAGUAGCAUAUGGAGUUGCCAUGAAUAAACUUGCCCUUCCAAUCCCGUCCACGUGCCCAGAACCUUUUGCCAAACUCAUGGAAGUAGCAUUUAGAAGCCAACCAAAUCAGGCUGACAGUUCCUGCUCCUAUGAGCUUAGUCUACAAGAGAAGACAAAAGUAGACGAAGACUGUUGGAACUCUGACCCACACUCACGACCAUCUUUCGCCAAUAUCCUAGACCAACUCACUACCAUCGAGGAGUCUGGCUUCUUUGAAAUGCCAAAAGAUUCCUUCCACUCCCUGCAGGAAGACUGGAAGCUUGAGAUCCAGGAGAUGUUUGAUCAGCUCAGGGCAAAAGAAAAGGAGCUGCGCACAUGGGAGGAGGAGCUGACCCGUGCUGCACUCCAGCAGAAGAACCACGAGGAGCUGCUGCGGCGGCGAGAGCAGGAGUUGGCAGAGCGCGAAAUAGACAUCCUAGAAAGGGAGCUCAAUAUCAUCAUCCAUCAGCUAUGCCAGGAGAAGCCUCGGGUGAAGAAACGCAUGGGAAAGUUCAAGAAGAACCGGCUUAAGUUGAAAGAUGGCAAUCACAUCAGCCUGCCUUCAGAUUUCCAACACAAAUUCACUGUGCAGGCAUCACCAACCAUGGAUAAAAGAAAAAGCUUGAUCAGUAGUUGUUCCAGUCCUCCUGCAAGUCCUACCAUCAUUCCCAGACUCAGAGCCAUCCAGUUGACACCUGGUGAAAGCAGCAAAACAUGGGGAUGUAACUCACUCCUCCAGAAGGAGGAAGGAGAGGAGGAAGAGAAGAGAAACCAGAAGAAGAAAGGGCGCACCUGGGGACCAAGUUCUCUUUGUCAAAAGGAGUUAGCUGCAGGAGAAGAUGGCCUCACAUCUCUGGUAGAGGGACACAAACAAUGGUCAUCUAGUGCUCCAAACCUAGGGAAGGUCCAGAGAACUAUACCUGCCUUGCCAGGAUUCACCAGCCUAAUAGAGAUGGAGGAUGAAGACCGUGAGUGUCUUAAUGGAGACAAAGUAUACCACUCACCUGGUCGCACCCCAUCGUACCUCUGUAUCCCGUUUCAGAAGAGCGGAGAGCUUGAUGGCCCACCCAGUGAUGCCAAUGAGGAGUCCACUCCCAUGAAUUCUGCAACAAGCACCCCUCAGCUCACACCCACCAAUAGCCUUAAGCGGAGCGGCUCCCAACAUAAGAGGUGGGAGGUUGCCUUGCUUGGCUGUGGGGCAGUGCUGGCUGCUGCAGGCCUGGGCUUUGAUCUGUUGGAGGCAGGCAAGUGUCAGUUGCUGACCCAGGAUGAGCUGGAACCACCCAAGGAGGAGAAGAAGAAGCGUGACAGUAUUUUCCAGAGGACUGGGCGCUCGCGCAGAAGCACCAGCCCACCUUCCCGGAAGCUCUUCAAAAAAGAAGACGCCAUGUUGAUGCUGGGCGAGCCAUCCACCUCACUGACUCUCCUCUCCCUGUCUUCCAUUUCUGAAUGUAACUCCACCCGCUCCCUGCUGCGCUCAGACAGCGACGAGAUUGUGGUGUAUGAGAUGCCUGUCAGCCCUGUGACAGUUAAGGCUCCCUUGCCAGUAGUUAGCAAUCCACUGGUCAAUGUACGCAUUGAAAGGUUCAAGCAGGAUCCCAACCAAUCCCUGACUCCCACACAUGUGACACUCUCUUCACGUGCCCAGCAAAGGGGGCACAGGCGGACACCUUCUGAUGGGGCUAUCAAAGUGGCUGGACUGGUUGCCAAUGGGUGCUCUCCCAACAGGUGUCCUUCCAGUAACUGUUUAACUGGUGCACUGGGCACAGGUGUAUUAAAAACUCCCAGCCCAAGCCGAGAUCCAAAUGAGGUUCCUCGCCUGCCAGAUCCCAACCUUGUCUUUCCUCCAACCCCAAGACGCUGGAAUGCACAGCAGGACUCCACACUGGAAAGACCCAAAACCUUGGAGUUCUUGCCGAGGCCACGCCCUUCAGCCAAUCGACAGCGACUUGAUCCCUGGUGGUUUGUGUCACCCAGCCAAGCAAGGGGUGAAUCCUCUGCCAACAGCUCAAGUACUGAUACCCCAAGCAAUCUGGACUCCUGCUUUGCUAGUAGCAGCAGCACUGUAGAGGAGAGGCCAGGACUUCCAGCUCUGCUUCCUUUCCAGGUGGGUGUUCCUGUAGAGGAGCAGAUGCUGUUGGACUUAGAUGUUGAGGGGCAGAGCCAGGAUAGCACUGUUCCGCUAUGCAGAACUGAACUUAAAACAACCAAACCUGCAGCGUAUGAACUGAAACAAGAGUUCUGGUCUUAGCAUGGAAUCCAUUAGGGGGCAGUAAGCCCCUUUAGAAUAAAUCGUACUACUUGCACUGAGAAUGCACUUUGAAGACAGAUAAAAUGGAGGGAUGCUACUGAGGUCAUAUCAUGGUGCUGCCUCUGUUCAAAAUGUGUUGUCUGGCUGCCUGAAUUUUGUCUGCAGUUGGAUAAACUGGAUAACUCAAAGCUGCUGACUUCUUGCUGUGCAGAUUUUCUGUAGUCUUCCUUAUCUUGUCAUUGCAGUUUGAAAUUGCAAUAAGCAAAAAUGAUCAUAUCAAAGUCUCUGGUUUUGAUCUUGCAGAACUUGACAAAAAUAUAUAUUGGUAUAUAACCCAGUAUUAACCUGAAUCCCCGAGAUCCCAAGUAUUACACUGUAUCAGACACCAGAGUUUGGCAUUUUCCCAAAGCUGUCCAAGUGGGAGAAAUGGCAAAUACUUGGAGAUUUGCUUCCCUGAAUUCCAUUCUUACAGCAGGGUUGGUCUUGCAUCUACCUGCUACCCUAGCAGAAGCACCUGGCCCAACACAUGCUUGGAUUUUAUAUAAUGUUUUGCUAAAUUCUCCUCAGAUGCAAUUUUCUUUUGGGGCUUUGCCACCUUCCAUCUGACCAAAUCUAUCUAAGAUAUAAAAAUAAUAUGGUCCUUUUGUGUGAGUGGACCUGUGACUAGAACAGUAAUGCUUUCUGGGUUCUGUGUGACUUCAAAUGCAAACUUUUGAUACUGAUGUUGUAUAACAAAGCCAUCAACGUUUGGAAUAGAUAGGUAUGCUUUGGCUUGCAGAAGGAACUCAGGCCAUGUCUCUACUUGCAGGAAGAUCGACACUGCAGUGGUUGAUCUUCCAGGGUUUGAAUUAAUGGGUCUCGUAAGACCUGCUAAAUCAAACAUUUAGGGUGCCCCCAUCAAUGCUGGUACUUCUACUCCUCACGAGGAGUAAGGGAAAUUGACGGGAGCAUUUCUCACAUCCACCUCCCACUGUGAGGAUGGUGCUGAAGCUCAGCUUAAAGUACGUUGACUCCAGUUUUUUACAUAGCUGGAAUCGCAAAUCUUACAGCAACUUUCCCUCGUAGUGUGCACAUGGCCUCAGUGUAUUCAGUCAUGAGAUUAUUCCUCCCCUUGUCAAUGCUAGUAAAAGAGGCAUGUAAUCCUAAGGGCUUCUUUCAAUUGAAAAAACAAAAAAAAAAACCAUAAAAAAAGUGAAUAGUUUUG